AUGACGACAAAGCCUGAAUACAAAGUCCGGGCGCAAGCGGCUAUGCAUCUUCCCGAAAAUGCACAGUGUGCAGAUUGUUUAGCAAAAGAUCCAAGAUGGGCUUCUUCGAAACUUGGCGUUUUUAUUUGUAUUAACUGCUCAGGUAUUCAUAGAGGCCUCGGCACACACAUAUCUUUUGUCAGAUCCGUUGAACUCGAUCAAUGGAAAGAAAAUGAAGUCACCAUGAUGGAGAAAGUCGGAAAUGCAAAAGCAAACGCUUAUUGGGAAAAGAAUUUACCAAAAGAUUACGUUCGUCCGAAUACAGAGGACCGUGCUGGCAUGGAAAAAUUCAUUACAAUGAAAUAUGUAAUGAGAAAAUGGGCAGAUACAGAAGUUGCCGCUCCAAAUGAGCUUAUUCUUGAUCCAAAUGCAAAACCAUUCAAGAGAAAUACUCCUCCACCAGCUCCUGCCCCCGAACCAAUGCCACAAAGGCCUCCAAAUCCUCAAAUGAAUCCAUAUUACCAAGAAAGCCCAAGAAGGCCUCAAGAGCAUCGUAUGAUCGAUGUGGAUCCAAACCAAAAUGCCAGUGAGGCCUUUGUUUGUAUGCCUUUCCCAGAUCAAAACUCAAAAUCCAAACCACCGCCACAACAGUUCCAACAACCACAAGAUAGGCAACACGAGAAAAAGAAGAACGAUCCUGACCAGCCAAGUAAGGCAGAAAAGCUCUUCAGCGACGUCAAAAAAGGAUUUAUGGGAUUUGUUCAGAAAAUCAAAGAAAGCGUCGACAAAGACGAUAAAUACGAUAACGCAGAACCUCGUGAGUCCACUCAAAAGGAAAAGAAACAUGUUUCCGACUUUUUCAAGAGUCAUGAUAAAGAAAACAAAGGAGAACAGCCACAGAAACAACAAAAACCACAACAAAACAAGCCAAUCAAGGGCAACCAACCACCACAAAAGAAACCAGCUACGGAUUUGUUCGAAAUGGACGGAAUUGAGUUUGUCGAUAACGAACCAGAGCAAGAACCACCGAUAGAGCCCAGGACAAAGCCAGCGCCACCUCCAGAAUCCUACAGAAAAGAACAGAAAACAAGUGGAGACUUAUUCGACAAUCCAGACAUCGAAGUACAAGAAUCAAGCGACAACAACCUUCUAGAAAACGAUUCUACGGAUAAUAAUCCAAGCAACGGCUCAAACAAACAAAAUAGCUUUGAUCCGUUCGCUGCACCGGUAAAACCAUUACAGAAUGACUCCAAUGACCCAUUUGGAGCACCUCUACCUCAAGGAAACGAUGCUUUUGGCACUCCAAGCACUCAGCCAAAAUCUAUUUUGAAGAAAGAGAAACCAAAGCAAGAAAACGACAUAUUUGGUCUACUCGGAGAUUCCGAGACAUCUCAGGAACCUCCCCAGAAGCAAGAAACAAAGAACGAUGACGUAUUUGCUUUACUUGGCGAUACAAAGCCUUCUCAACCACAAACAUUCGAUCCAUUCGCAAAUAUACCAUCACAAACACCAUCCGAACCUACGAAACCUGCAGAAAGAAAGGCAUCUUUCGAUCCAUUUGCAAAUCCAGGCAAACAAAACCCUUCAACAGACAAUUUAUUCGACCAAAAGUCUACAAAUAAGAAGAGUGACUUUACUCCCAUCAAAUCCCAGAACAACGACGUUUUCGAUUUACUUGGAGACUCAUCCCAGCAAAAGAAGGGCGAUUUCACCCCAAUUAAAUCGCAACAACGUCCUAAAGAGUUCAUUCCAAGUCCUGCUAACUCUGUAGAUAUCUUCGCUGCACCUCCAGCGAAUCAAUCAGCAGAUCCUUUCGCAAAUCCUGGUCCAUCAUCAUAUUUAUUCGCAAAAUCUUCUCCAUCGGCAGAUUUAUUUGGUCAACCAGCCAAAACGAAGACACAAAACAACUUUGCCGAUGAUUUGUUCGGCCAACCAUCAAAUCCUCCGAAUAAUCCAUUUGCGAACGCCGCCAAACCAUCAAAUGCAUCAAAUGAUCCAUUUGCCAACCCUCCGAAAUCAUCUGUUCCUCAAUCUUUCAACGAUCCGUUCGCAAAUCCACAAAAUGCGGCCAAAUCCACUGAUAUCUUUGGAAACAAGGCUGCUCCAACCAACCAAAUGAACGAUCCAUUCGCUAGCCCUCAAAAAGCAGCUCCUUCUACAGAUAUCUUCGGAAAUUCACAGAAACAAACGAAUCCUGUCAAUGUUAUGAACGAUCCGUUUGCAAAUCCACCAAAGAACAUCAAACCAACUCCAAUUGCAAACGAUCCAUUUGGAAUUCCGCAGAAACCUCAACAAAACCAGCCAAAGACGAUGGCAAACGGUCCAUUUGCACAUACAAGGCCACAGAACAACACAAGAGAUCUGUUUGGACCUCCUCAGCAACAAAUUCCAAGACAACAAGGAUAUUCUAUGGCAAAGGACGUAUUUUCUGCAAAACCACAGCAGCAGAAUCAACAGCAACAGCCGAAGAAAGAAGAAAAGCCAAGAGAUCCUUUCGCUGGUUUAGCCUGA